CAGUUGCGAGCAGCUUCUCCGCCCAUCAGCCCACUGCUUUGGGAAUUCAUGGAAAAUGUUUACCCUGGUGGCAUCGGCUGCAUUAUCCAGAAAGGAGAGUGGCUGAAGAAGUUAGGGGUUGGAGCAGGCUACAGCAGAGUGGGAACUCAAGACAGUAUCAUGAUCCGAGUGCCUGACCUGACUGUCCUGGUGCACCUCAUCGACAUGACGGGGCCCUUGGCAAUCACCUCUGCGAAUCCCAGCGGAGAGGUUGACAGCACACACCACGACAUGGUCAUCUCACGUCUUGGCCAUAAGCUGGAGGGUGUUCUCUGUGAUGGAGAAUCUGAUGAGGUGGUGGCAUCAACUGUGGUCAACUGCACGAAGAUUGAUGAAAGUGGCAUCACCAUCGUGAGAGAAGGCUGCAUACCAGCCGUCAAGGUGAUGCAGAUAUUUGAAAGCGUGAAGAACAGAGCUGUCUGAAAUUGAAGGAAACUUUCCCUGACAAAAAGCCAGUGUCUGGUCUCACUAAAGGACAUGCGGCGUCCCAUGCCUCACUGGAGCAGAUGGCCUGGUGAAAGCCAUACCUUCUCUAAUCAAGCACUUACCUCCUUGGGAAACAGCAGCACUUCCCCACCCAGCGUCUCUCCUGGGAGCUUUCUGCGGCUAUUUAUUGUUUAUCUCCAGUA